CCCCGGCUCGGGCUGCCCCCGGCUCCGCCGAGCCCCGCCGCCACGGCUCACUCCGCCGCCGAGCCGCGCAGGAGGAGCAGGCAGCCGGCUGGAGCGCCGAGAGGGGACGGCGCGGCGCCGCCAGCCCGCCCGCCGCGCACCGCCGGUGGCUCCGAGCGGGACCCCGCGCCGCAGAGCGCCGCUGCCGCACUUUCCCCGGUUCCCUGCGGGUGCCGGGGCUCAGCGAGAGGCAACGGGGGAAGAGCCCUCCCCCCGUCGCCCGGAGCCGCCGAGGCGAGGAUGGCCCCAGACAGGAGCUGAGCGCUGGGGAGGAGCCGCCUGCCGCCCCCGGACCCCAAACUUUUCAGCGGCUGCGGUGCGCUCGGCCCCGGGAGCGGCGGGCGGCGGGGACCCGGCCCCCACGGUGCCCGGGCGGGCAGGAGGGGCCGGGGGUGCGCAGCCCUACGCUUGCCGUCCCCUGCCUUGACGCGAGGCGCAACGCUUGGGGAGGGGCUCGGCUGCCGCCCCCGCUCUGGAUUUGGGGGUCCCAGCUCCACACGUCCUCGGGGAAGUUGCACAUGGUGGGGAGCUGCCUGCGGACUCCCCCCUGCCCCACCAGGAGCCUUGCACCCCAUCGUCUUCGCCUCCCCUUGAGCAGCGCUGCUGCGGGGGUCCCUGCACCGGCGGACGCCCCGGUGCCCGGCCAGCGGCGGGGACUGGUGCCGCAGUCCCCCGGAUUAUAAAGUCGGGGAAGUUCCCCCCCAGCCCGACUCGGCGGAGCCAUGGCCCGGCUCGAGAGUUGGGGACUGCUGUGCUUCGCGGUGCUCGCCCUGCCCGGCCCCCCGGGAGCCGGUGCCCAAGACGACGUCUCCCCGUAUUUUAAGACGGAGCCGGUGCGGAGCCAGGUGCACCUGGAGGGGAACCGCCUGGUGCUGACGUGCAUGGCGGAGGGCAGCUGGCCCCUCGAGUUCAAGUGGCUGCACAACAACCGCGAGCUCACCAAGUUCUCCCUGGAGUACCGGUACAUGAUCACGUCGCUGGACCGCACACACGCCGGCUUCUACCGCUGCAUCGUCCGCAACCGGCUGGGAGCCCUGCUGCAGCGCCAGACCGAGGUGCAGGUGGCCUACAUGGGGAGCUUCGAGGACAGUGAGACGCAGCAGAGCGUGUCCCACGGGGAGGCGGCCGUCAUCCGCGCACCCCGCAUCGCCAGCUUCCCCCAGCCCCAGGUCACCUGGUUUCGUGACGGACGGAAGAUCUCCCCCAGCAGCCGCAUAGCCAUCACGCUGGAGAACACCCUCGUCAUCCUCUCCACGGUGGCCCCGGACGCGGGACGUUACUACGUGCAGGCGGUGAACGACAAGAACGGCGACAACAAGACGAGCCAGCCCAUCACACUGACCGUGGCCAAUGUGGGUGGCCCGGCUGAUCCCAUCGCACCCACCAUCAUUGUCCCACCCAGGAACACCAGCGUGGUGGCUGGGACCUCGGAGGUGACCAUGGAGUGUGUGGCCAAUGCCAGGCCACUGAUCAAGCUGCACAUCAUCUGGAAGAAGGACGGGGUGCCCCUCUCCAGCGGCAUCAGCGACUACAGCCGCCGGCUCACCAUCCUGCACCCCGCGCUCAGCGACAGCGGCUACUACGAGUGCGAGGCCGUGCUGCGCAGCAGCAGCGUCCCCGCCGUGGCCGAGGGCGCCUUCCUCUCCGUCCUGGAGCCACCGCAGUUUGUCAAGGAGCCGGAGAGGCACAUCACAGCCGAGAUGGAGAAGGUGGUGGCCAUCCCCUGCCAAGCCAAAGGUGUACCCCCCCCCAAAAUGGCCUGGUACAAGGACGCUGCCCUCAUCCGCCUAGAGAAGCUGUCCCGCUUCCAGCUCCUGCCCGACGGCAGCCUGCAGAUCAGCGGGCUGCUCCCCGAUGACACCGGCAUGUUCCAGUGCUUCGCCCGCAACGCGGCCGGCGAGGUGCAGACCACCACGUACCUGGCCGUGACCAGCAUCGCCCCCAACAUCACGAGGGGUCCCCAGGACAGUACGGUCAUUGAUGGCAUGUCCGUCAUCCUCAACUGUGAGACUUCAGGGGCUCCUCGCCCGGCCAUCACCUGGCAGAAAGGGGAGCGGAUCCUGGCCAGCGGGUCGGUGCAGCUGCCGCGUUUCACGCUGCUGGAAUCGGGCAGCCUGCUCGUCAGCCCCGCACACCGCACCGAUGCCGGCACCUACACCUGCCUGGCCACCAACUCCCGCGGUGUGGAUGAAGCCUCUGCUGACCUGGUGGUUUGGGCAAGGACACGCAUCACCGACCCACCACAGGACCAGAGCGUCAUCAAGGGGACCAAAGCCAUAAUGAGCUGCGGGGUCACCCACGACCCCAGCGUGGAUGUCAGGUAUGUCUGGGAGAAGGAUGGGGCGCCACUGAGUCCCGAGAGUGGCCCACGGGUGCGCCUGGACGAGGCGGGCGCCCUCCACAUCUCACAGACCUGGUCGGGUGACAUCGGCACCUACACCUGCAAGGUGGUCUCAGCUGGGGGCAACGACUCACGCAGCGCCCACCUCCGUGUCCGGCAGCUCCCCCAUGCCCCGGAGAGCCCCGUGGCCAUGCUCAGCCCCCUGGAGAAACGGGCCAUCAACCUCACCUGGGCCAAGCCCUUCGACGGCAACAGCCCCCUGCUCCGCUACAUCCUGGAGGUCUCCGAGAACAACGCACCCUGGACAGUGCUGCUGGGCAGCGUGGACCCCGAGGCCACUUCAGUGACGGUGCGGGGCUUGGUCCCCGCUCGCUCCUACCAGUUCCGCCUCUGCGCUGUGAAUGACGUGGGCAGGGGACAGUUCAGCAAGGACACAGAGAGGGUAUCCCUGCCCGAGGAGCCCCCCUCUGCACCCCCCCAGAAUGUCAUCGCCAGCGGCCGCACCAACCAGUCCAUCAUGAUCCAGUGGCAACCGCCCCCCGAGAGCCACCAGAACGGUGUCCUCAAGGGCUACAUCAUCCGGUACUGCCUGGCCGGGCUGCCCGUGGGUUACCAGUUCAAGAACAUCACCAACGCCGAGGUGAACAACCUGCUGCUGGAGGACCUCAUCAUCUGGACCAACUACGAGAUCGAGGUGGCGGCGUACAACAGCGCGGGCUUGGGGGUGUACAGCAUGAAGGUGACAGAGUGGACACUGCAGGGAGUCCCCACGGUGCCCCCAGGGAAUGUGCAGACCGAGGCCACCAACUCCACCACCAUCCGCUUCACCUGGAACCCCCCCAGUCCCCAGUUCAUUAAUGGCAUCAACCAGGGGUACAAGCUCAUCGCCUGGGAGCCAGAGCACGAGGAGGAGGCGACGGUGGUGACGGUGCGCCCCAACUUCCAGGACAGCGUCCACGUGGGCUACGUGGCCGGGCUGCGCAAGUUCGCCGAGUACUUCACCUCGGUGCUGUGCUUCACCACGCCGGGGGACGGCCCGCGCAGCCCCCCCCAGCUGGUGCGCACCCACGAGGACGUUCCUGGCCCCGUGGGACAUCUCAGCUUCAGUGACAUCCUGGACACAUCCCUGAAGGUCAGCUGGCAGGAGCCGCUGGAGAAGAACGGCAUCCUGACAGGCUACCGGAUCUCCUGGGAGGAGUACAACCGCACCAACACGCGGGUGACCCAUUACCUGCCCAACGUCACCCUGGAGUACCGCGUCACCGGCCUCACCGCCCUCACCACCUACACCAUCGAGGUGGCUGCCAUGACCUCCAAGGGCCAGGGCCAGCUCUCUUCCUCCACCAUCUCCUCGGGGGUGCCGCCAGAGCUCCCCGGUGCCCCCACCAACCUGGGCAUCUCCAACAUCGGACCCCGCUCUGUCACCCUCCAGUUUCGGCCGGGCUACGAUGGCAAAACCUCCAUCUCCCGCUGGCAGGUGGAGGCACAGGUGGGCCAGAGCGGCGAGGCCGAAGAGUGGGGGCUCGUCCACCAGCUGGCGAAUGAGCCCGAUGUCCGCUCCAUGGAGGUGCCCAACCUGAAGCCCUACACCUACUACAGUUUCCGCAUGCGGCAGGUGAACAUCGUGGGCACCAGCCCCCCCAGCCUGCCCUCCCGCAGGAUCCAGACCCUGCAGGCACCCCCUGAUGUGGCACCUGCCAAUGUCACCCUGCGGACGGCCAGCGAGACCAGCCUGUGGCUGCGCUGGAUGCCCCUCCUGGAGCAGGAGUACAAUGGGAACCCCGACUCGGUGGGCUACAAGAUCCGGUGCGCACGCUCGGACGGGCGAGGGCAGCCGGCGGUGCACAUUGUCCCCGACCGCGUGGAGCGGGAGUUCACCAUCGAGGACCUGGAGGAGUGGACCGAGUACCGGGUGCAGGUCCAGGCCUUCAAUGCCAUCGGCUUGGGGCCCUGGAGCCCCACGGUGCUGGGACGCACCCGGGAGUCAGUGCCCUCCUCUGGCCCCAGCAAUGUGUCGGCACUGGCCACCAGCUCCAGCAGCAUGCUGGUCCAGUGGGGUGACAUCCCUGAGGCUGAUUGCAACGGCCUCAUCCUGGGCUACAAGGUAAUGUACAAGGAGAAGGACGCGGACACACGUGCGCAGUUCUGGCUAGCAGAGGGCAAUGCCUCCCGCAGCGCACAGCUAAGCGGGCUGGACAAAUACACGCUGUAUGAGAUCCGGGUGCUGGCCUUCACCAGGAUGGGCGACGGGGUCCCCAGCCGGCCCCCUGUCCUCGAGCGGACGCUGGAUGAUGUGCCUGGCCCCCCUGUGGGGAUCCUCUUCCCUGAAGUGAGGACGACCUCAGUGCGGCUGGUCUGGCAGCCGCCCGCAGCACCCAACGGCAUCAUCCUGGCGUACCAGGUCACCCAUCGCCUCAACACCACGGCGGCCACCGCAGCCGCCACGGAGGUGCUGGAGCCCAGUACCCGGCAGUACACGGCCACUGGCCUUCAGCCCGAGGCCACCUACCUCUUCCGCAUCGCGGCGCAGACCCGCAAGGGCUGGGGUGAGCCAGCCGAAGCCCUCGUGGUCACCACGGAGAAGAGAGACCGGCCACAGCCCCCCGGGAAGCCGCUGGCACGGCAGGAGGAGGUGCGAGCGCGCAGCGUGCUGCUCUCCUGGGAGCCGGGCAGCGACGGGCUCUCCCCCGUCCGCUACUACACCGUGCAAACCCGCCAGCUGCCCGAUGGCGAGUGGGCGCUGCACCCCGUCUCCAUCAGCCGCAACGCCACCGCCUUCAUCGUGGACAGGUUGAAGCCCUUCACCUCCUACAAGUUCCGUGUGAAGGCGACGAAUGACAUUGGGGACAGCGAGUACAGUGAGGAGUCGGAGUCGCUCACCACCUUGCAGGCGGCCCCCGAGGAAGCCCCCACCAUCCUCUCCGUCACCCCGCACACCACCACCUCGGUGCUCAUCCGCUGGCAGCCCCCGGCUGAGGACAAGAUCAAUGGGAUCCUGCUGGGUUUCCGCCUCCGCUACCGGGAGCUGGUGUAUGACAGCCUGCGCGGUGUCACCCUGCGUGGCAUCGGCCACCCUGGAGCCACCUGGGCUGAGCUCACCCCUGUCUAUGCCGUGCACAACCUCAGCGAGGUGUCCCUCACCCAGUACGAGCUGGACAACCUGAGCAAGCACCGACGCUAUGAGAUCCGCAUGAGCGUGUACAACGCGGUGGGCGAGGGCCCCCCGAGUCCCCCCCAGGAGGUGUUUGUGGGUGAAGCAGUGCCCACUGGUGCGCCACAGAACGUGGCGGUGCAGGCGGCCACGGCCACCCAGCUGGAUGUCACCUGGGAACCGCCACCUGCUGAGACCCAGAAUGGGGACAUCCAGGGCUACAAGAUCCACUUCUGGGAGGCCCAGCGCCAGAAUGAGAGCAUGAGGGUGAAGACGCUUUUCCUGCCUGAGACCGGGGUGAAGCUGAAGAACUUGACGGGGUUCACCUCGUACUGGGUCAGCGUCGCCGCCUUUAAUGCCGCGGGCGACGGGCCCCGCAGCCCCCCUGUCACGGGGAGGACACAGCAGGCAGCCCCCAGUGCCCCCGGCUCCAUCCGAUUCAGCGAGCUGACCACCACAUCGGUGAAUGUGUCCUGGGAGCCACCACCACUGCCCAAUGGCAUCCUGGAGGGCUACCGGCUGGUCUACGAGCCCUGCAUGCCCGUGGAUGCCUCUGUCCCCACAGGCGUCAGUAAGAUUGUGACGGUGGACGUGAAGGGGAACAGCCCACUGUGGAUGAAGGUGAAGGACCUGGCCGAGGGCGUGACGUACCGGUUCCGAAUCCGGGCCAAAACCUUCGCCUAUGGGCCAGAUGUGGAGGCGAACAUCACCACGGGGCCCGGGGAAGGUGCCCCCGGUCCCCCCGGUGAGCCCUUCAUCUCCCGCUAUGGCUCGGCCAUCACCAUCCACUGGUCGAGCGGGGACCCUGGCCAAGGGCCCAUCACCAGAUACGUCCUCGAAGCGCGUCCUUCAGACGAGGGGCUCUGGGACAUCCUCAUCAAAGACAUCCCCAAGGAGGUGACCUCCUACACCUUCAGCAUGGACAUCCUCAAGCAGGGCGUCAGCUACGAUUUCCGUGUCAUCGCCGUGAACGACUAUGGCUACGGGACCCCCAGCACGCCUUCCCCCUCCGUGUCAGCCCAGAAAGCCAACCCGUUCUAUGAGGAGUGGUGGUUCCUGGUGGUCAUUGCCCUGGUGGGGCUCAUCUUCAUCCUCCUCCUCGUCUUCGUGCUCAUCAUCCGCGGGCAGAGCAAGAAGUAUGCCAAGAAGUCAGACUCGGGGAACGGCUCCAAGGCGACUGCCCUGAGCCACGGCGAGAUGGUGAGUCUGGAUGAGAGCAGCUUCCCCGCCCUGGAGCUCAACAACCGGCGCCUCUCUGUCAAGAACUCCUUCUGCCGGAAAAAUGGCAUCUACACCCGGUCCCCACCGCGGCCCAGCCCCGGCAGCCUCCACUACUCAGACGAGGACGUGACCAAGUACAAUGACCUGAUCCCUGCUGAGAGCAGCAGCCUGACGGAGAAACCCUCCGAGGUCUCCGACUCGCAGGGCAGUGACAGCGAGUACGAGGUGGACCCCGGCCACCAGAAAGCCCACUCCUUCGUCAACCACUACAUCAGCGACCCCACUUACUACAACUCGUGGCGGCGGCAGCAGAAGGGCAUCUCGCGGGCGCAGGCGUACAGCUACACCGAGAGCGACUCGGGGGAGCCCGACCACGCGCCCCUGGCCAACAGCACCUCCACGCAGCAGGGCAGCCUCUUCCGUCCCAAAGCCAGCAGGACUCCCACCCCCCAGGCCCCCGGCAACCCCCCCAGCCAGCCCGGGACCCUCUACCGCCCGCCCAGCAGCCUGGCUCCUGGCUCCAGGGCCCCCAUCGCUGGCUUUUCUUCCUUCGUUUGAUAUUUAAACAGAAGCGAAAACAAACAGGAGGAAAAAAAUGUAUAUUAAAAAAAAAAGGAAAAAAAAAAGAGAGGGGGAAAAAAAGAGAAAAGCCCCAAGAAAUUAAGGAAAAAAAAAAAAAAAAGCAGCAAGAGGGAGAAGAGGAGAAGGAAGCAGAGAGGCCGAAGGGCCCGGGGCUGGCAGCGGUGCCGGGGGCAGCGGUCCCGGCUCAGGGUGUUUUGCUUUCUUGGCAGCACCGAAGCAGAACACCGAGCGCCUUCCCUGGGGCUGCAGAGCAAAAGCAGCUUCUCUUCUUGGCCAAAGCUUUCUGGGUUCUGGACUCCUCGGGGGGCUCGGGGUGCUGGCAGGAUGGCACUGGACUUCGCCCUUGACCCUGGCCCCUCCACCGGCUUGUGGCACCCCAGGCUAUGAGGACAAGCGGUGACACAGAGACCACUGACUGCGGGGGGAAGAGGAGCUCUGCUGAACUUCAAACCUCUGGACUUGAAACCCACACCCUGGACCCCCAGGAACCCAGGGGGCAAUUAAUUCCUCCCCUCAUUAGUGCCUGGCCCAGCACAGCACCCCCAGCAGAAGCCAGGACUGAACCCCAGGGGAGCCCUGCCAGGGUGCAAGUGGUGCUGAUGUCCCCCCUCAUUUUGCACCCCGGUAUCACAUGGGAUCUGGCGAGGGCUCAGACUGUGGCAGCUCCUCUGCAUUGCUGGUGGUUUGGUGUUUUUUUUUAACGGGGUUUUGUGCAGCGGUCUGGGAGCAUGAAGGGCGCACAGGGGCGGUGAUGCCCGGGGGGCUCUGGGGCCAUUCGGGUGGUCUCUGCACAGUAAACCCAUUGCAGUGCCUAUGGGUGACCAGGCAGCAGCCCGGUGGGGCCGCGGUGCCCGGGCUGAGCCGAGGGAGAUGCCAAUAAACAGCCUGAGAUCA